CGUAUAGCUAAUUUCUGUGGCGGCGUUGUGGAGGAUGCAGUUAACUCGAUCACUAAUCUCGAUGUAUUCCGCAAAAUCAGAGGCUCAACACGCCGCGAGACUGCUGACGCGCACUUACCGGCAUAUUUGUACCGGCGUUUUAUGUGUCGCUUUUAUUACAAUCCACCCGGGUUUACGGAUGCAAGCUCUUUCUCCUCGGAUUCGGCUUAAGCUGGGGAUCUAUUUAGAUUGUUGCGACCUUAUUGGCCUUCCGUUCAUGAAAAGAUCUCGAAUACCCUUCUAGCUAUGGUCUAAGGCUAUGUAGCUCAACUUAAACCGCUCCUGAGUCAUGUAUCCGGGUCAGAGCUUUGCCGGGCUGUUUGACUUGUUUGCAGGAUCAACAUGCUGGCUCGUCAAAUCGGGGAAUGUUGAAAUGUUACUGGAAUCAGAAAAUAAAGCGAA